AUGACGGGCAGGGAGGAAGUCGGAGAAGAGAAGCCCAAAGUGAAGAUGCUAUCGCCCGGAUUUGGGAUUGAUAAAUCCCGUUUGCACGGCUCUGGGUUCCGGUCCAAGGGGUUUGCCAUCACGGACCUGUUGGGCCUGGAGUCGGAUCUGCAGUCGCGGCAGCAGCCCGGCGGUCCCCCUGGUCCGGGCCUGUCGGUGACGGGCUCCGGGCCCGGUGCGGAGCCGCAGGGACCCGGCGGCGGCCUCGGUGGGUUCUCCUUCCCGGGAGGAUCGCUGCCGCUCGGCCUCGGCUUCCUGUGCAGCCUGGCGGCGCAGCAGCCCGCUGGAGCGCCCUGCUUCCUGCCGGGACACCUGCCUCUGCUGCAGGCCCGGGCAGACAGCCACUAUCUGCAGAGCCUGGAGGCCCAGAGGGACGCUUACUCCGAUGAGGAUUGUCUAUCUGACCGCAACGAUUCCAAAAGCUCUGCAAACUCCCAGAAGAGGAAGAAAAGGAGACACAGGACUGUGUUCACGUCUCACCAGCUGGAGGAGCUGGAGAAAGCCUUCCAUGAAGCACAUUACCCGGACGUGUACGCCCGAGAAAUGCUCGCCAUGAAGACGGAGCUGCCCGAGGACAGAAUACAGGUUUGGUUCCAGAACCGUCGCGCAAAGUGGCGAAAGCGUGAGAAGUGUUGGGGUCGCAGCAGCGUCAUGGCGGAGUACGGUCUGUAUGGUGCGAUGGUCCGACACUCCAUCCCGCUGCCAGAAUCAAUCCUCAACUCCGCCAAGAGCGGAAUGAUGGGAUCCUGCGCCCCCUGGCUGCUCGGAAUGCACAAGAAGUCUCUAGAGAUGUCCAAAAAGUGUUCAAGCCCUCGAGAAUCAGACUCCAACCGUUCAGACUCAUUCUGUGAUGCCCCCGAGCGCCGGGGGAGUGUCGGCGGGCCCUGUGAGUCUCGAAAGACAGAACAAGAGGAGGAGGAGCAGCUCGAUAUGGAGGAUGAGGAGAUGGAGGAGGAGGUUGCCAUCGACCUGUCCAGCUCCUCUAAACAGCAGCAACAGCAGGAGGAUGUUGGAGGUUCUUUGAGCUCUGGCACCUCCUCACCACGGCGGCAGAGCAGCAGCGAGUCGGACAAACACAGCUGA